CACGAUGCUGCGGCGAUAUCAUGGCGGCUGGCUCGUGCUGCUCGCAAUGGCCUACGCCCGCGCCACGGACGUCUACCAAGAAAACAUCUAUGGCGUCUCGUCUGGCAUAUCCUACUACAUGCGCCUCACGAUCGGCCAGCCAACGUACUGGAAUGCAGCACCCAGGGCGUCGGCCAAUAACACAUUCAAGUUGCUCAUCGACACGGGCUCGUCCAAUUUGGCGGUGGCGUCAGCGAGCUGCUGCAAUGGUCUCAACCUGCACCUCUUCAACUGCGCUGCUUCAAGCACCUGCCAGGCGUAUGCAAAGAGUGACGCCGUAGCCGUCAGCUACGUCGUCGGCUCCUGGAGAGGCAAUUUGGUCCAAGACACGAUCUCGUCGAGCAAUAUUUCGGCGCUGGCCAAUAUUCCGUUCACUGCGAUCUCGUCGCAAAACAACUUUUUUGACGGCGCCUUUGACGGUAUCUUGGGCUUGGCCUUUAGCUCGAUCGCCGAGCCCAUGAGCACACCGACGGUCUUUGAAUCCAUGGUCCAGAGCAACAUUGUCGCCGACGUGUUUGGUCUCCAGCUCUGCGGUGUUCUGCAGCCGCACGUCCACGGGUAUCUGCCGAUCGCGACGGCGGGUCAACUCGUGCUCGGCGGCGUCCAAGCGUCCAAUAUACAGCUCUACCGCGGUCCUAUCUAUUACUCGCCGCUCGUUGUUAAAAAGUGGUAUGUCGUGGUCGUGACUGGCCUUGGUUUUGGGAAUCGCGCCCUCAACCUCCCGUGCACCGUGCUUAACACGCCCAAAGCCAUUGUGGACUCGGGCACGAGCAACCUCGUCUUGCCGACGCAAGCCUAUACGGCGCUGGUGGCCGAGAUUCGCGCUGCGACGCUCGCUGCGAUCCCGUCUUUUCCACUGAGCUACUUUAGCGACAGCGUCGUAUGUUGUGAGAGCUACUGCGACCCGUCGGACCUGACUUCCCCGCUGCUGGACUUGCCGCCAAUCUCGAUUUCGCUGGCGCUCGAGGCAAGUACGAACGAGCACAUCACCGUGACUAUUCCGCCAACAUACUACUGGCGGCCCCUCGCGGCAUCCAACGGCUUUGCAACAACCAACUGCCGCAUCUUUGGCAUCUCGGAAGGCUCGGGCUCGAUGCUUGGCAACGUCUUUAUGGACGGACUCUACACUGUGCACGACCGAGCGGGCGCCCGCAUGGGCUUUGCAGUUGCCGACAACUGCGCCAACAAGGCCAAUUCGAGCAAGCUGAUCACAGUACAAGGCGACAGCUCGUGGUGCGACUGCCUCGCACCGGCGACGCGCAGCGGAGGCCUCGUAAGUGGCGGCUGGCCUGGCACCAAGCCCUGCUUCUUCUGGGCGUGGUGGACCUACGUCAUAGUCGUGGGCAUCGUCCUCGUUGGUAUCUGCCUUGUCAUCAUCGCUGUGCUGUGCAUUCGGAAGCACCACCACCGCCGGUCGCUGGAGCAUCCGUCGUUCGCGCAGCUCCAAGAAACGCUGCUUGAGAGCGGGCCGUCGCCGAUGCUGUCGUCCAACACGUCGGACGACAUUCUCAUGAUGGUCGAAGCUCGCCCACCGCAGUAUUCCUAAUGUCACAAGCCUGUACACUAAAGCUAGGGUCAGUAAACUGUCUAU